CCCCUGGGCCUGCACCCAUAAUGCCUAUUGGUUAAUCCGGCCCUGAUUGAGACCUAAACUAAAGCGUUACUGAUUAUUCAUUUUGGGCUGUGUAAUAUAUAUAUACGGAUGUAAUGUUAUUUAUGUGCAUUUAUUAUGACGUAUCUUACAAACCAUGUGUGUGUGUGUGUGUGUGUGUGUGUGUGUACCCAGUGAACUGCUGAUGCAUAAUAGAUAUGAUUUACCACUGAUGUAACUCAAGCCAGAUUCACGUCUGCUGUCGCUCUCUAAUGAAACCUGCAGACCUCCACAUGUGGAGAUGGAUAAUUUAAGAGGUGCUGAUGCAGGCGACGCGCUGUUGCCAUAGGAACAGCAUCCCAGCUUCGUUUAUUGACACGCUCUCUGGCACCGCCUCCCAUUGGUCGCGCGGCUGAUGCGAAAAGCGGAAGUCCCGCCCACAACGCUCAACAUUGCCUUAUUUAGAGCAACAGGCGUGGCUUACAGCGCCCAUUGAACGCGCAAUCCAUCAAUCCCGCAGCAAAACUCCUAUCCUCGAUGUGUGAUCCGUGGCUUCAGAAGGUCUCCACCCGAGAGUAUGGCGGUUGAGGAGGCUGGAAGAUGCAGAAUAGCGUGCAUCUCCUAUUCAGGAAUGCAGCAGUAUCCUUAAAGCUCUCCAAAUGACGCGCUGACGUGACGCGUAAUGCUCAUCUUUACGCGUUUUAUCAAGCUGAACAUGCUCGCGCACCGCGUCUUUAGAGGUUAUUUCUUCAAGCAGAUGUCUGGCUCUAAUAGGCGCUUGCAGAUGCCAUGAAGUCCGCGCAUUGGCUCUUUGUGCGCCUGUGUUAUUUGUCUCUGUGGUGAGCGUUGUAAUACAGUCAGCCAUGGCUCCGCGUCUGCUCCACUUCUGCAGUAUUCAAGGCGAGUCAGACCGCUGUUAGCUGGGCUCCACAACGCGCGCGUCUCGUCGGAUCCGCUCGCGGCGCAAUGCGCGAGUAUAAGGUGGUGGUGCUCGGCAGCGGAGGGGUCGGUAAAUCCGCGCUCACUGUGCAGUUCGUGACCGGGACCUUCAUCGAGAAGUACGACCCGACCAUCGAAGACUUCUACCGCAAAGAGAUCGAGGUGGACUCAUCGCCGUCGGUGCUGGAGAUCCUGGACACGGCCGGGACCGAGCAGUUCGCGUCCAUGCGGGAUCUCUACAUCAAGAACGGGCAGGGCUUCAUCCUGGUCUACAGCCUGGUCAACCAGCAGAGCUUCCAGGACAUCAAGCCCAUGCGGGAUCAGAUCAUCCGGGUCAAGAGGUAUGAGCGCGUGCCUGUGAUUCUGGUGGGCAAUAAGGUGGACCUGGACAACGAGCGCGAGGUUUCGUCAAGCGAGGGUCAGGCUCUGGCUGAGGAGUGGGGCUGUCCGUUCAUGGAGACUUCGGCCAAGAGCAAGACUAUGGUGGACGAACUGUUCUCGGAGAUCGUCAGGCAGAUGGACUACGCUUCUCAGCCGGAUAAAGAAGACCCGUGCUGCUCCUCCUGCAAUAUACAAUAACCCCUCGCAAUCAGGAAACAACAUGGAGGUCAUCGCGGAAGUGCUGCAUCCGUUCUAAUACACGUCACGCACAUGUGAACAGCGUUUACACACUACAGAACGCUGCAGAUACAGCCAUUAUGACAGGAAUGGUGCUUUGAGAAGAUGUAGGUGAGAAAUGCACGUGCGAAAAUGAUCCUAAAAAUUAAAACUAGAACUUUUAGGAAUCUCUUCUAGUCUAUUGAUUUUAAUGGGAAUGGUGCAGUGUAAAUGGUUGAGAAAACGUAACUUUUCAAAUCCAUUGAUUUCAAUGGGAGUGAAUGAUGAAAUGAAAACGAAUACUGCAGUGAUUUGUGAAAGCUGUGUCAAGGAAAGGUUGAAUUGUCAUUUUACGCAACACUCAGAGAAACUGGUGAAACUUUACAUGGGUUUGCACAAGGCGUGGAAACAAAAGGUGGGGAAAUGUAACUUGUAGAUGAUUUUAAAUCCAUUGAUUUCAAUGGGAAUAGGACAAACGUUUAGCUCGGAAGCCUAACUUUUGCAUCACAACAAAUCCAUUUAUUUCAUUCAGAAUGGUGCAUUGCAAAAAUGUGAAAGAAAAAAUGCAUGGAAAGCUGUGCGAACAAAACAUUUGAAAAUUAAAGCUUUGGGAAUGCAGAAAUUACAUUGAUUUCAAUGGUAAAUUACAAAAACAUUCAUUAAAAAAACAGAACGGGAAAGUCUUGCAAGCAGAAAUAAUGAAAAUGUUACUUGUAGUUGAGGCUGCAAAUCUAAUAAUUCUGAUUGCAUAAUUAUUUGCAUAGACACUGUAGAUUCUGCUACAUAUCCAUUGAUUUCAAUGAGAAUGAAGCAUUGCAGAGACUACAGUAGAUGAAAAAUGCAUGAGUUCAGGAAGGUUUCACAAAACAAAAGUUGAAAAAAGAAGCCUAAUGAGUUGGUUCACCCAAAAAAAAGGCUUCCUAGAUGUAUGUGAUUUACUUUUUCUUUUCAUUUGAAUCCAGUCAAAGUUAUUGUGAAAAUUAUAUUGGGCUGUUCCAGCUCUACAUUGGCAGAGAGUGUCUGUUUAUUAUCAGUAGUCCAAAAGAAGUCCUAUAAAGCACAUCUAUCCAUAAUAAAGUGCCUCACAUGGCUCCAGUGGGUGAAUUUCUGUAAGAAAAAAUCCAUAUUUCAAUCUGGAUAAACCCUUUUGUUUUCUGUCUCUUUUCACUGAGCAUGCACUUUACACUCAAGAGAUCGGAAAACACACUCCUGUCCUCAAGAAAUACACCUCAAAAGAAGGAGAAGAAGACCAGAAGUUAGACAAAAAUACUAUUUAGGUUUUGAGUGCAUGGAUUCACUUCAGGAGACCUUUAUUUAUGCCCCAAAGUCAUAUAAGGAACUUUGUAUUAUGGAUGGAUGUGCUUUGUUAGAGCUGGAAAAGCCAAUAUAAUUUUCGCUUACUAACUUUCACUGGAUUCGACUGAAAGAAGGAAGUCAUAUACAUCUAGGAUGCCUUAAGGGUGAGUAAAUCAUGGGAUUACUUCAGUUUUUGGAUGAACUAACUCUUUAAGCAACCCUGCACAUUUUUGAAUUUCAUUGGGGAUGGAUUAUCAAUAGUAAAAUUUGUGCAAACAAAAGUAGGGGAAAAGUUUCCCUACAGCAUCCAUUGAGCUCCUGGAAAUUGAGUUUACUACAUUCCUGCUUAUGACCCGACACCUUUAAAACCAAUCACAAACACAGCCUUCUUUAGUGUGUAAACGCCUUAAUAACACAAGGCUCAUUGGAAAUACGUGUCUCAGCCUACAUAUUUUGCGAAGUGUAAAAUACAUUGCUCCGGGUACAUUUUAUUGCACGUUUCAGAUGACAAAUCCACUAGAGGGCGCUGUCUACAUUUGAGCAAAUUUGAAAUCCAUUAGUGUGUUUUGUUGCACGUUUCAGAUACACGUCCUGCUUGUACACGUUCAGGAGAAGGUGGGGCUUGUCAUACAGAUCAGCUAGCGAAUCACUGAGCUAAUUCCUUCCCUAAACUCAACCAAUAGUGUUUUCAAAAGCAAACUUAAGAGAAAAGUGCACCGCGACCAUGUAGUUCUACCUUGGUUUUACAUUGCUUAAAUCUCUUUUGUCUGCUUCACCAGACUCAAACACAUCCUUCAGAGUGAGCUAUGAGAAAACUGAGCUAGAAAGGUUGUUCAUACAGAAAUAAAUAGAUGACGCAAACGUAUUCAUUACAAAUCAUAGACGACGUUAAGUUGUUGUUCGCAUGUUGUUGUGCAAAGAACUGCACAAAAAUAAUCAUGUAUUUGUCAAUAAUAUGUCCUGUAAAUAUCAUUGGUAUGAAAAGGAACAAAAGUUGUUGGCAUCACACCGCCCCCUAGUGUUCAUUUUACCUUGAAAAUGCAGUCAAACGUAUGAUAAAGCACUUUUUUUUUUGCAGUUUCACAAAUAUGUAGGCUGAAGCCUGUAUUUUCCGAUGUGCCUGUGUUGCAACUAUGAUGAACAAUUAGCAUACACACUGUAUGUAACUUAAAAAAAAGGUCAAAGGGGAUCUGAAAAUGCACCAUACUCGAGUCUUUGGUUUCCCCGCAUGUUUUGAACACGAUCAUUCUGAGUUUUGAGGCUGUUUGCGUUGACUUCGCCGUUUAGUUUGCACAUAUAGAACCUGAUGUCUUAAACUGCCAUUAAUAAAGAGCCAGAAUGAGCUAGUUUUUGUUCUUCCAGUGUGACGCUGAGAGACGUUUGGGAGUUUCACUUGCGGAUCCACGGCUUUUUUGAGAGACGUUUUCUUUGCGGAAGCCAAAUAGGAUGCUGAGAAGCACUUUUCUUUUGUAACGUCUGUUGUGUCUGUUUUGAUUUAUGAAACUGCUGGGAAUAUUCCGCUGAUUAUGUUGUGGUUUUUAAUUAGCACCUCGAUAUAGAAUGUUGCAAUUACUGAAUUAUGUAUUUUGUAAUAAUGUAGUAAAACAAUCAUGGGAUUUGCUUUAGGAUAAUAGACUGUGAAGCUUUGAAUCGGGUGGGAAAAUAUUUGCUAUGAAACACUAUCAACACUUUCCACAGAAAGGGUCUUCAUGCUGAAAUCUGAUGUGUGGACAUUUAUGAACAUAAAGGAGCGGUGUUGUGACUCACUGUCAUCUUAUAGCAAGAAGGUUGCUGGUUCGAGUCCCCGCUGUGUGAGCUCUGUGUGGAGUUUGCAUGUUCUGGGCGCUCCGGUUUCUCCCACAGUCCAAACACAUGCGCUAUAGGUGAAUUGGAUUAACUAAAUUGGCUGUAGUGUAUGCGUGUGUGUGUGAAUGAGUGUGUAUGGGUGUUUCCCAGUAUUGGGUUGCAGCUGGAAGGGCAUCCGCUGUUUACAACAUAUGCUGAAAUAGUUGGCGGUUUAUUCUGCUGUGGUGACCUCUGAAAUAUAGACUAAGCCGAAGGAAAAUGAAUGAACAUACAGCUGAAGACAAAAUUAUUAGCCCUCAUGUGAAAUUGAAUUGUUUUUCAAAUAUUCCCCACAUUCAUCACAGUAUUUCCUAUUAUAUUUUCUUCUGGAGAAAGUCUUUUUCUUUUAGUUUGAAUAAAACAAUAUUUUAAAACAAAUAUGAAGUUAAGCUUAGUCAAUACUAGUAUAAUGCAAAAGAACUAAUAAAAGAGUAUGUAAUGUCGUCAAAUAGUUAUUAGAAAUGAACUAUGAUGUUUAAAAAUGUUUAUAAAUCUUCUGUCUGUUAAAAAGCUCUAUAGGGAAAUAAAAAAAUUAACAUUGCAUAAUUUGAAUAUUGAUUUCAGCUGUAAAUAUAAAAUUAUAAAUAAUAUAUUUGAACAUAUAUUCAUUAAUUCGGCUUAGUCCCUUAUUCAUCAGGGGCCGCCACAGCGGAAUGAAUCGCCAACUAUUCCAUUAAAUGUUUUACGCAGCGGAUGCCCGUCCAGCUGCAGCUCAA